AUGAGUCAGAUACCAGGAAAGCAGUUAAAUGGAACAACUGCCCGAAGUCAAGAUCUGGUUCCUUGUACAACCUGUGGAAGGCAUUUUGCACAAGAUGUUCUGCUGAGACAUGAUCCAAUAUGCAAGAAAGUCUUCAACAAGAAGCGCAAGCCCUUCAGCUCUUUGAAACAGAGACUGCAGGGAACAGAAAUCACCACUGUGAAGAAGCAGCCCCCGCAAAAGAAACAGCCAAGGAAGAAAUGUAACUGGAGGCAGCACCAUGAGGAUUUUAUUAAUACUAUUAAAUCAGCCAAGCAAGUCACAAAAGCUCUGAAGGAGGGCCAACCUCUUCCGCCUCCUCCCCCACCAAGCAUCAAUCCAGACUAUAUUCAGUGUCCACACUGCUCACGAAGGUUUAAUGAGGCUGCAGCAGAGAGGCACAUGAAGUUUUGUGAAGAGCAAGCUGCCCGCCGUGCCUUUGCUGCAAAGACCACCGGACAGGCUUUGGGCAAGAAACCAGUGACUCGGAGAAAACCACCAACCUUAACAACUGCUGUGUUAUCGCUUCAGAAGAGAGUACAAGAAGGUGCCAAUACAGACAAACCUAGGCCAGAGACCUCUCCAGGAAUGCUGCAGAAAACCAGAAAAUCUUUGGCUGUAUCUACUGGAAAAAAACCUUCAGGAGAGUUUGGGUCUUAUGCUCUCACAAUGUGCUUCCGAUGUCCGAGUGAGGAAGAUGCCAGCAUCCAUUUCAAUAAUCACUAUGCCAGGAUGACGGUGUGGAGGUUCUUCCUUCUCCUCGAUGUUUACUUUCCCAGACCAUGA